AUGAUGCUCGCUUGCAGCGUCGCAUGGCUGCCGAACUGCGCCCUUGGAGCUGUGGUGAGGAGAGGUAUGAGCUUCGACUUCAGCGCUAGCCUGGCAAAUGUUUCCGUUGCCAACCACAACGCCACUACCACGGCAAACACACCCAACCGCUUCGCGUCUGGUGAUUUCCCUGUCUGCACCGACUUAGAGGGACCUUUUGUGCCAUUCUGCCUCCCAGAAGAUGGCGCGCAUGUCCUGGUUGAUACAACCUACUACGUGACGUGGAAUGCUGAUUUCUAUCCUCUGAACGCUACCAUCACGAUCGAGCUGAGAUACACCGACUCGCUGGAAGGGUCGUCUGCAUUCACUUCUGACAAAACUGAUAAUAGCUAUGGAUACAUUCCGCUUCAUAUGAGCAACGAGUGGCUCCAGGGCAAGCAGAACAAUACGUUGGCUCUUUACAUCAUUGAGCUAGAUUCUACACUGGACCGAAGAGCAAGUGUCCGCCAGGGCCCGACGAUCACACUUAGCCCUAGACCCGUGGAGCACUACAAACCAUCCCCGCCACCACGAUUCAACAAGCUAGCGUUGUGCAUCGGCCUUCCCGUGUCCUUCUUUGUUGUCCUUAUCGUUGUAGUGGCCUUGGUCUACUCAAUGCGGAAAUCCAGGGAAUCGAUCGUGAAGAGCGGGUUCUGGACUCGAAAAAGGGGUUACGGAAUCGGUAAAUCCAGAUCUCAGCGCCUAAAGAGCGAUAUAGAGGGCAGCAGUGACUCCGACGGCUCUGCGGCUUCGAAAAGGUACGCAAAUGACCUUGAGACAGGGCUACUCGAAGGGACCGGAGCAGAGAGGUACAACCAUGUUCGUGAACAUAGUGGUAGCUAUCCUGGCAGCUACCCAUUUAGACGGGACGUGGCAAGGUUGAAGAGUUGGAUUGGGGCGGGGUUGCUAGUGCCAGUUCGAGUCAUUGUUUAUCUGGAAACGACCUACAACCAUGGAGAGCUUCGAUACAUUCUUUGA